AUGUUAAGAAGUAUCUUCUCCCGUCGGAUCAGUAGGUUCCUUGCAAGAAAUUGUAGCUUUGCAAAAUGCACUGAAGUGGAACGAAAAGAGCGUAUAAAUAUUCAAACUGAUCACGUUCGGAAAACUCUGCAAAGUUUGGACCCGAUAUACACAAGACCUACCAAAAAUAUUGCUGAGAAUAACAGGGUGCAUGAAUUGACUAAGGAAUUGAUGAAUGUUAAAUACGAAUGGAUUAUGUCAAUGGCAAAGAGUGCUUUGUGUACAUUACCCGAUGAUCCAACAAAAAGGAUGCAUGCGCUUAGAAACUUUGAAAAACAACAAGCUUGCAAAGAGACGGAUUUAAAGAAUAAAAUGAUAAUGUUAUUCGACACUAUUAAAGAAGAAUCCAUACAAAUGCAGCCCUGGAGGUAUACGCAGGCUCCAUUGAACGCUUUUAAAAAUGCUUAG